AUGGGAAAUCUGAAAGUGGAAAUUGAGAAGCUUGAUGGCUCUGGAGACUUCCGCAUGUGGAGGAGAAAGAUCAAAGGCCUUCUUGCUCAACAGAAACUGCUUCGUGCCCAUGAGGAAUCCCUAAAAUGGCCGGAUGAUUGGAGUGAAGAUCAGAAACAAGAACUCUUGGAAACGGCAACAGAUAGAAUGUUUGGUUUUAGAAUGAAGACUGCUAGAACUCUUGAUCAGAAUCUUGAUGAUUUCUUAAGAAUGAAUAUAAAACUGGCUAAUUCUAGUGAAAAUGGGGCAUUGAAUGAUGAAAACCAGGCUAUAAUCUUGUUGAAUGCACUUCCUAAGUCAUUCAAAGAGGUAAAGUCUGCCAUCAAGUAUGGCAGAACAUCAAUUACCUUGGAAGAAGUCAUCUCAACACUAAAGGCAAGAGAUCUUGAAAUAAAAACUAAGGAGAGUCUUCAUCGGGGGAGAAUCAUUUUGCAAGGGGUAGAAGUCAGGAAUGUGGAAGUAAUCGAAAGGGAAGAAGCAACAAUAGAGGGAAAAGUAAAUCAUCCUCAAAAGGCUCUGGACAAGGGAGAAGAUGGAUAUGAGAGUGGUAAAGUGCUUUUGGUGUUAAGCAAGGCUAAAGAUCAGGACUGGGUUCUUGAUUAUGAUUGUACAUACCACAUGACACAUAAUAAAUCAUGCCUUACAAAUUUCAGAGAAGUGAAUGGUGGAAAGGUGAUGAUGGGUGACAGUCAUACUUGCCAAGUUGAAGGUCUAGGCACAAUUGCCAUAAAGAUGUUUGAUGGCAUUGUUAGAAUCUUCAAAGAUGUCAGAUAUGUUCCUAGCCUAGCUAAAAACCUAAUAUCUCUAGAUGAUGGGCUCUACCACUUGAUUGGUGACACACUUACUGGAAAAUUGUCAGUUGCUGUUGCACCAGAGGACAAGAAGGUUGUUUUGGGCACAAUAGGCUUGCUCAAGUUCAAGGCUGAAACACAUGAGUCCAAGGCACCACUGGAAUAUGUACACUCAGACUUGUGGGGGCCAGAAACUACUGCAACACAUGGCGGUAACCUUUACUUUUUGUCUAUUGUUGAUGAUUAUUCUAGGAAGGCUGGCUUGCCUAAGAAUUUCUGGGGUGAAGAUGUUAUGACAGUUGCUUACCUAGUCAAUAGAUGUCCCUCUAAUGCCAUAGAGUUCAAAACCCCUGAGGAGUUAUGGAGAAACAAACCACCUGAUAUGUCCCACUUAAGAACCUUUGGGUGUGCUGCCUAUGCUCACAAAAAGGAAGGAAAAUUAGACCCUAUAUCUGUGGAGCCUCCAAAAGGAAAAACAGACAUUGAUCAGGUAGAGCAUGGGCAAACUCGGUCACAACAGAUUGACUAUGGAAAUACCUCUGAUGAACCAGAAUCUCAGUCAUCAGAUGUAAUGCAUUACACUCCAGAACAUGAUCAUGAUAGAUCGUUGCUAGAUGACUAUGUGCUAGUCAGGGACAGAUCAAAGAGAGUUUCUAAGCCAACUCAAAGAUAUGGGUUCUCAGCCUACUCAGACCCCUUAGCCUAUGCUUUCACAACAACAAUGAACAUAGACAAACAUGAACCAGAAAGCUACAAGGAAGCUGUCAGUUGUAAAGAAGCAAGCAUGUGGAUUAAAGCCAUGAAAGAGGAAAUGUCCUCUUUAUACAAGAAUGGAACAUGA